AUGCCGUCACAGCGUCGCAUGAGGCUGUCUGUCAUCCUCAUCAUCGUCACAAUUACCGUGCUCUUGUACAUGUCAAGAGGAGCCCGCCAGACCACAUCGUCCGACUUCUUCACAAAGACCCAGCAGGCGCUGCAGGAGAAGGAGUAUGCAGAAGCCGUAAAGCAGCGUGAUGCAGAGAGUGUUGGCUCGCGCCUCAAGGCCGCCGAGGACCAGGCCAAGAAGCACGCCGACGACAAGUACACCAAAGUCAAGGCCGGCGUUGAAGGUCCAGACAAGAAGGGUGUAGCAGGCCGCGUCAAGAUUGAUGGCGACAGAGUACCGGGUGUUGCCCAACAAGGCGGCAGGCCUCGCGACCAGGCAGCCAUGAUGGAGCAUGAGACCCCUGAGGACCACGAAGUCGAAAUGGAGCUCAAUGCGAUCCUGAAAAAGAGCCCGAUGAUCAUCUUUUCAAAGUCCUACUGCCCCCAUUCCAAGAAAGCAAAGCACAUUCUGCUUGAAAAAUACAACAUUGUUCCCAGGCCCUACGUUGUCGAGUUAGACCUCAACCCCAUGGGCGAGAAACUACAAGCGUUCCUACACAAAUCCACUGGCCGCAGAACAGUUCCCAACGUCCUGCUCAUGGGCAAGAGUAUUGGAGGCGGUGACGAAAUGCAAGACCUUGACGAGACGGAUGCCCUUGUAACAAAGGUGCGGGAGAUGGGCGGCAGCCGUAUCACCGAGGCCGAACAUCGUGGCGCCCGUCCACAGGCAAAGCGCCAACGGAGGUCAGCGUAA